GAGCUUCAAUUCUUGAAUCUAGGCAUUUCAUACGCUGCGAAGCAAAGAGGUUGACCACCUUGUCUUGGGGCGCAAGCAUUGCCAUCACAACCGACUGCGCAUGAAGGACCUGCGCGCUUAUUUCAAAAAGCCUCGUAAUGAGAAGGGAAAUAUUGAUCCCUCAAUUUCUCUCACCGCGAAGCUGUAGCCUGAAGAAGAAAAACCUCGCUUCCAAGCCGUAAGGCUGUACGAAAGCGGAUGACCUCAUUACGAGUUGCAAAGUUCAAAUUCAAGUAAUUGUCUGAUAUUAUUUCAAGUACAGAAAUAUGAGUUCAGAGCUCAGCGCCCUGAGCUAUAACUUAGUACCUAAGCAUCUAGGUAUAUAAUAAUGGUGGAUAGCCAUCUUGACUGUAUGUAGGUUGACGUCGGACGAGCGCCGUACGGCCUUAACAAUUUCACCCGGCCGACGGAGUCUGAUGCAUGCAAACGUCAGUACUACCAAGAUGAGUAAUAUGAAGCAGCUAGUCGAAAGGUAUGGUUUCCCCAGACGGACGUCGUGAGGGGAAACGAUGAUAUUCGCGAAUAUGAUAGGUGGGCUGAAUUCUUGUUACCGGAUGCAACUUGCCUAGUAUUAGCCCAAGAUCGAUAUAUAAUUCCCCGCCAUCGGAUCGUUGAUGGUGUCCAUAUGGCGAUUUUUGACUUUCUAUAGCUUGCUCGAUCAUUUUCAUUUACUUUGCCAAUUUUGUGCCGUUAUAAGAAAUCAACCCCAGAAGGUUGAUAUGGAGCUUCCGUUGAGAAAAGACUUGAGGCCCAAAUCGGGCGAACCCGAGGAUUCGGCAUGGAUAUGGGGAAGUGAUGAUGAGCUAGGAAGGCUAAACCUCCAAACGCCAGAAAGAGUCAAGAAGGCACUUGAAGCCGUUAUUUCAGGGGAGACUAUUGCGCUCAAUCUCCCAUUUGAUCAACCAGUGCCGCCAUGCUAUGGGCGGCAAACUUUCAAGCACCUCAUUACCCCAAAGGGAGUUUCGCACACGUUUGACGAUUCCUAUGAGAUGAACCCGCAAAGCACCUCCCAGUGGGACGGUUUCCGCCAUUUUGCCCAUGUGCCGUCGGGAUAUUUCUAUAAUGGAACAAAGCCUGAGGAGAUAUCCGGACCCAACGCAACCACAAAAAUUGGCAUGCAAGCAUGGGCGGCUCGUGGCAUUGCUGGCAGGGGUAUUCUGCUGGACUACGGCCGCUACGCCGAAGCCAACAACAUCAAGCCGAUAUUCUAUGACAACUACGAGAUCACAUACAAGGAUCUUGUCACAGUGGCAAAGACACAGGGGAUUGAUUUGAGGCCGGCAGCGCAAGGAGGCGAUGUCCAAAUAGGUGAUAUACUGGUUGUCCGAUCCGGAUUCUUGAAGAAUGCAAACUCACUCACGGACGAGGAGAGGGCACCUUACCAAUCGAAACCGCAUCAGUUUGGACCUCAUGAUGGACAGCGAUACAUAGGGGUAGAACAAAGCGAGGAGAUGCUUGACUUCCUGCACGACUCGUACUUCUCAGCUGUAGCGGGAGACCAUCCUGCGUUUGAAUCGUGGCCAUCUCAUAAAGACUAUUAUCUCCACGAGAAAUUACUGUCGCUCUGGGGUUGCCCUAUCGGGGAACUCUGGGAUCUGGAGAAGCUUGGAGAGAAAUGUGCGGAGAGGAAAAGUUGGACAUUUUUCCUUGCAAGUACCCCGAAUAAUGUUAAAGGGGGUAUAGGAAGCACAGCAAACGUUCUAGCCAUCGUAUAAGACGAUGGAGUUGGGGGGAUUGUUCGCUUAUGUGGACCAAGGCUCUUUGAAAUAAUGAUGUAUUUAUAAUGAUGUAUUUUCCAGAUUCUUAUAGUAAGCUAGGCUAGGGUAAGCAAUUUAAAGUGACGAAGCAAUCACUACAUACAUGUAGUACAGAUGGAUGGGAAAGAGUGAUCCGUGAU